GUUUAACAUAACUGUAGCCUUCUGUUUGUGAAUAUAAAGAAGGGUUGAGAGUAGCCACGCCUCCAUUUCCCACCUUUUUUGCAGUUUUUUUGCUCAAUCUUUUCUUUUCUAAAACACCCGCUUUUAAAAAAUAUUUACUUAUUUGGUUUUUAAUUGUGUGACUGAAGUAAGAAAGGGGUUUUAGCCUUUUAGGAGGGUUCUCAACAUUUCCAAUGGAUGCUUUAAUUCUUGGGUCCUCUACUGGAGGACUUUCUUUGUUCAUCUCUGGAAGGAGUAGGUGGAGGAGUAAAGACUUGAAGGCUGUCCAUUUUCCAAAUUCUUCUAUACGAGUGCAAGUGCCAACAUACAAGUCAUAUAACCUCAUUGGAAACUUUUAUACUAAAAGGAUUCAGCAUCGUGCAAGAGGUAUUCUGGAAACAUCUACAGUCUUCCAGAAAAGUAAUACAAAGUUUCUAGUGAAUGCCACUUCUGGUCAUCCGCUUGAAUCAGAACCCAAAGCUUACCCCAAUACCCCAUGGAAUUCUGCUAAAAAUGCAUUGGAUGCUUUUUACAGGUUUUCACGGCCCCAUACCGUUAUAGGCACAGCACUCAGCAUCAUUUCAGUUUCUCUCCUUGCUGUCGAGAAGUUAUCGGAUAUUUCUCCCCUGUUCUUUAUUGGGGUAUUAGAGGCUGUAGUUGCUGCUCUUUUCAUGAAUAUUUAUAUCGUUGGUCUAAAUCAGUUGUCAGACGUUGAGAUUGACAAGGUUAACAAGCCUUAUCUUCCAUUGGCAUCGGGGGAGUAUUCAACACUUACCGGCAUCAUGAUUGUCACAUCAUUUUCCAUCAUGAGCUUUUGGCUUGGAUGGGUUGUUGGUUCAUGGCCAUUGUUUUGGGCACUUUUUGUCAGUUUUGUGCUUGGGACUGCAUAUUCAAUCAAUUUGCCACUAUUACGAUGGAAACGGUUUGCAUUGGUUGCAGCAAUGUGCAUCCUAGCUGUCAGAGCCGUGAUUGUUCAACUUGCUUUUUAUCUUCACAUACAGACCCAUGUAUUCAGCAGACCAGCUGUCAUUUCAAAGCCUCUAAUUUUUGCUACUGCAUUCAUGAGCUUCUUCUCAGUAGUUAUAGCACUAUUUAAGGACAUUCCUGAUAUUGAAGGAGAUAAAAUAUUUGGAAUCAAAUCUUACACAGUACGUCUGGGUCAAGAAAAGGUGUUUUGGACUUGUAUUUCGCUUCUUGAAAUGGCGUACGGUGUUUCUAUUUUGGUCGGAGCAACAUCACCCUACGCCUGGAGCAAAGUCAUCACUGUUUUGGGUCAUUCCGUCUUAGCUUCGAUUUUAUGGAUCCGUGCCAAAUCCAUCGACUUGAAGAGCAAAGCUGCAAUAACAUCAUGUUAUAUGCUUAUUUGGAAGCUCUUUUAUGCUGAGUACUUCCUUAUACCACUUAUAAGAUGAGUAGUGAAGCAUUUGAUACAAAUGGUUACAUCCAAAAGUAAAGAUCGACAGAUGCCAUCGGAAUGCAAGACCCAGAACUGUAUAAAUAACGAUAUCGGGUUGUAGGUUUGAUCGUACCGUGCGGUGCCUAUGAGUAUUCGGUAUGGUUUGACAAUGGGAUGAAGUAAAUGUAGGGGGAUUUACAUUCUUAAUAGACUAUUGGAAAUAUGGAUAGAAGACAUAAAAGUUCAAUAUCUUGGUGUGGUAUACUUUCCCCUCAUGAACCUUGUUAUCUUCAAUAUAACAUGUUGGCUGCAUGGCAAAUUUGAUUCAAAA